UACACAAUCUAUCUGCUCUAUUUUCAUAGUAAAUUAUCAACAUUUAGGGGAUAAAAUCAUGGAUGUAUUAGAUUCAGAACUUGACUCGUUUGUGCACAGAUAUUUGAUCCAACGUAAUUUGGUAAAGCUUGCAAAGCAGUUCGGUGAUGAAUCAAAAUCUAAGCCCGCUGAUGUCAAAAAAGCAACUGUUACAGAUUUUUAUCAAACAUGGAUUGAUAAAAGACGGGGCGUUGUAUCUGAAUCUAAAUUGUCACCGGCUCCAAAGCAAACUAAGACAAAGAUUAAAAAGUCUAAUGCAGUACCAGCUAAUAAGAGUAGUGACUCAACAUCAAAAUCUAAUAAUUCUGCUGCUAAACAAAAUGUCAAUGGAAAUAAAUCUUCAUCAAGCUCUGAAGAAUCCUCAUCAGAUGAUGAAGAAGAAGAAAAAGUUGAUGUAAUAAAAGACAAAACUGUAUCUAACGGCAAAGCUUCUAAUGCUAAAGAUUCUUCGAGUUCUGAAGAAUCCAGCUCCGGCGAUUCUUCAUCUGAUGAAGAAGAGGAUGCAAAGAAAGCUGUUGCGAAAGAAUCUGUUGCACAAUUGGAAAAUAAUGUAGAUUUAAAGACUAAUAUAUCAACUGCGAAACAAAAUCACGAUAAUGGAAAAUCUUCAUCCAGCUCUGAAGAAUCUUCAUCAGAGGAAGAAGAAGAAAAAGUUGAUACCAAAGAUUCAAAAGCUGUAUUAACUACCAAAGCUGAUGAUUCAUCUUCAAGCUCGGAGGAAUCUAGUUCUGAAGAUGAAGAAGACAGUGCUCCUCCGAAGAAGAUAGCUAAGAUAGAUGCAGAUAUUGUAACGAAAUUGAAUAGCUCUGCAUCAAAAAAGAAAAUGGCAAAACAGGAAUCCUCCUCAUCAAGCUCAGAAGAAUCUUCUGAGGAAGAGGACGAUUCAUCAAAAAAAGUCACAAAAAAGGAUGUCAAUAAUAAUAAUAAAACUGCUGAAUUGAAACAGGUUAUGCCUGCGGACUCUUAUUUUAACGGGACCCCAAAAACCCCACUCCAAAACAAUAUAAAUACUUCGAAGUCGAGCGGUAAAAAAUCUAAUAAAUCGACUCCUAACACACCAUUUAGGAGAGUUAAGGAUGAAGAUUUUGAAAUUGAUCAUAAAUUUUCAGAUAAUUCAUUUGGCUCUAAAAGAGAUUCAUGGGGUGAGGCAGCUCAUAAUAUCCUUAAACAUACAAAGGGUAAAAGCUUUCGACGAGAGAAAACUAAAAUGAAACGUGGACAUUAUAGAGGAGGUUCGAUCAACAUGGAAGUUUGUUCGAUACAAUUUGACAGCGAUUGAUGUAUUCGUUUCCAGAAGAAUUGCUUUGCCUUUGAAUAAUAAUUGUGGUGAUUUUAAAGAUUGGAUAUACACAUAUCGAUUUGUGUGGUGCUCUUGGAUUUCGAACAGACCUCGCUUCCUAUAUGUGUCCAUUAUCACAUUCCAGUCUCAGUUUUAUUUUUAUUUUUAAAUUGCCCAAAUCAGGCUCUAACCAAACUCUGCCUAGAUGUCAUAAAACUAAUAAGAAUUAUGGAUUUUUGUUGGAAGUAUUCAAAAAGGAGAAAACUUGUUUAUUGAAAUAGAUAAGCAAUGAUUUUUUUCUGGUCGAAUAUAUUUCAUUUUUAUUCAAAUGCCACUUCUUUAAUUAUGGAAACGAGCCCUUGCUUUCUAUGGUGCACUUGUAUCUUUGCAAUCUUUAUUUGGUGGAAAUUUACUGCAGACACUGUUAUGUAUUCUGUAAGGCUAUCAACUUGAAUUGUAAUUAUUAUUUGUUAGAAUACCGGACAUAAAAUAUGAUGGUUGCCAAUUGCCAUGCAUUUAUAGAUAUUCUGGUUCUUAUAGGAUAGCAUCUAUGAACUAUUGAUAGACAGUUUACAGGCAUUGAAAUAAAUUGUGAAUGGUUUCGUUAAUGUUUUAUCAUGAGUACCAAUUUUAUUUGGUGAUGUGUGUUAUUUAUGGUUGUGCAGCUUCUCGUUGGUAAAAUCCAGGGCUGAGGAGAUGCUUUCAAAUUACAAUGGCGCCAGCUCAGAAGUCACAGCAUAUACAAACUGAGGCCUCAGCUGUAAACCAGUGCUUAAUUAUUUUGCUCCUGGCUUCAUGGCCAUAACGAAAGAAACACUAGCCCAAAUGCAGUUUUGGAUUAGUGGAACUAAAAGAAUCUUGAAAAAUGCUGUCUGCCAUUUUUAUGUCAUCUUGUCUAGUUGUCAUAUUCGUCAGUAUCUUGAAAAUGCUAACAAAUUAAAAUGUGUUUUGAUUUCGAGAUUUGAAAAAAUAUGUCUGUUUUCUAGAAUAAAAAUGAUGUAACAAAUCUUGAUAGAAUUUGGUUUUAGUUGAAGUAAUUUUCACAUACAGGAUAUUCAUAAAGUUCUAAAAUUGCGAAUGGAAUUUAUUGAUUUCAUUUUCAUGUAUAGUUUAUUGGUCUCUAUAGGUUUAUCCAAUGGAUAAAAAAAACUUUAUUAAUCACUGA